AUGACAUAGGAUGAGAAUACUAUCAAUCAAAUUGAAGAAGUUCUAAUUAGAAUCAUUCUAAUUACUAACACUCUUAGUGCUGUAGGUGCAACUUUGAUGAUACUGACUUAUUUCAAGUAUGGAUUGUUAAAUUAAUAGAUUUAAAGAACUGCAAACAUUUGCAUUUCGAAUAGUAUUCUAUCUUAAUGUAUCUGAUCUAAUUUUGGCAUU